UUAUCAAAAGAAAAGGUGCAAUGGCAAGCUAUUGGAAUUCAACCCAUUUAUAGUUUGUUUAAUCCAAUUUGUAAAGCGUACUGCCCAAGCCAUUGAACCUACUUGCAAUUUUUUUUAAUGCUUUUUACAUUUUCUUUUGCUAAAGCAGAUCCAUAUAUAAAAUGUGCUUUGGAGAUUCAAAGAAGUUGAAUCUUUCUCUCUUCUCAGACAUGGCUGAUGAGGUGAAGCUCCAUGGAGUAUGGAACAGUCCAUUUAGUUGCAGGGUGAUAUGGGUUUUGAAGCUGAAAGGCAUCCCAUAUGAUUACAUAGAAGAAGAUCUUCAAAACAAAAGUCCUGAGCUCCUCAAAUACAACCCAGUUCACAAGAAAAUCCCGGUGCUCGUUCAUGGAGUAAGGCCAAUCUGUGAGUCCAUGAUCAUAGUCGAAUACAUAGAAGAAACAUGGCCACAGAAGUACCCCUUGCUGCCCACUGAUCCUUAUGAGAGAGCCAUGGCUCGGUUCUGGGUUAAAUAUUUCGAAGAAAAGACUAUUGCAAUUUGGAUGGUCUUCAGAACCACCGGUGAAGAGCAAGAGAAGUUCAAGAAAGAGACCUUGGAGAUGCUGAGAACCAUUGAAGAGCACACGAGCACUCUGGGAAAGAAGAAAUUUUUCGGAGGAGACAAGAUUGGAAUAGUGGACAUAGCCUUUGGGUGGAUUUCUCAGUGGUUUGAAGUUGUUGAAGAUGUGGUUGGGGUGAAGCUAUUUGAAGCCCAUGCAUUUCCUUGCUUGCACGCAUGGACUCAAAAUUUCAAACAAGUGCCUUUGAUCAAAGAAAAUCUUCCUGAUCGUGAUAAAAUGUUGGUCCUCUUUAAGCGUGCCAGGGAAAAUUUGUUUGCGUCCUAGUGAGACUUGCAAAAGAUUUCUGUGUUUCUUUCCUUGUGGUUUAUGAAUGUUUAUUUCUACUGAUAAAACUGCUAAAAAAUGAAUAUGAUUUGAGUAUUUUAGGUUUUUACUGUAUUCUUCAUGUUAUAGAAUAAAUAUUUUUAAAAACAGCGAAAAGUAGUGGGGUUAACCAGCGUUCUCCUGUUCUCGGUUCAAGAUAGCGUCGUUUGGAGUUUCUAGGCGGCAUGUAGCAAAUGAAUUGCCCAUCUCAUUUCUCUAGGUUAAGGGCUAGAUAGCUAGCUAGCAGAGCAACUUUUCCCCUAUUUUGGUAGCUGUAGCCGUCAGUCUCCCUUAUCUUUAUAAGGAAAGGAGACAAUGACUCUUUCAAUAAUCUCAAUAAAGAUAUUUUGGCCUGCAUGGCAGUAUUAUGUCGGCUA